AUGCCGGGUAUACUGAGAAACAACAUUUUAGUCAUCGGUGGCGGCUCCGUCGGCGCCAUCGCAGCUGUCAAUAUCGAACUUGGUGGUGUGUCUGAUGUUACCCUUGUCCUUAGAUCUAACUACGAUGUUGUGAACGAGAAGGGGUACGAUAUCGAAAGCUGCGAUCAUGGCAACUUGAAGGGGUGGAGACCUAGUAAAGUCCGCAACACCGUCCCGAAUGUCUCCGAAGAAGGGCUUCCUUAUUACAACUACAUUGUUGUCGCUACCAAGAACAUACCGGAUAUCUCACCCACCGUCAUCGACCUCGUUUCUCCGGCUUUACGCAUAGGAAAUAGAACAGAGACCACCAUCGUCCUCCUACAGAAUGGCCUCAAUAUUGAAAAACCGUUUCUCACAUCCUUCCCUGACACCAUCAUCCUAUCCGGUGUCAGUCUAAUCGGAAGCGCAGAACCCUCCCCUGGACAUAUCGUGCAAGACGAACCAGACCGUCUGCUCAUCGGCGCAUUCCCGCACCCGAGCGCUAACGUCCUUAUAGCGGAAGCCCUGGCAAAAUCAUUUGUUGUCAUGUAUUCAUCAGGCCGCAAAACUGAUUGUACCUAUUCGCCCAACGUCCUGCACGACCGCUGGCGGAAACUGGUUUACAACGCGUGUCUCAAUCCCAUCUGCACUAUCACAGGACUCGAUUCAGGCCGUAUCCGACUCGCGGAUGGUGCAUUGAACGGGCUGGUUAGGCCCGCGAUGCGGGAGAUUGUCCGCGCAGCGAGAGCUGCAGCGGGCGUUGAUCUAGCUGGCGAUGUCAUCGAGACCAUGAUCAAUGUUGAUCCGCUGGAGAGCUACUUGAAGCCGAGUAUGCAGCAGGAUGUGGAGAAGGGGAAUUACAUUGAGUUUGAGAAUCUACUUGGUGAGCCGCUUAGAGAGGGGAGGAGGGCUGGCGUCGAGAUGCCGACGCUUGAGGUGCUGUAUCAGCUUGCGAAGGCGGUGCAGUGGAGGAUUAAGGAAAGGAGGGGGUUGGUCGAUAUACCGACAUAG